CCGGUGCCCAGGAGCAGCGGGGCCAGCUGGCCGGAGAGUUAGAGACAAGCGGGCUGAGUGACCUAGGGACGGGCGGGAAGGAGAGGUGAGGCGACCAGGAGAGGCCAAGUCGUUUGCCUGAAGUAACACAACCAAAAGAGACCAGCCAGAACCUCUGCCAGAGCCGGAGGCGGCAGGAAAAUGGCCACGUGGAAUGAAAAGUCAGUCACCCGCAGGGCCAAGGUGGCGCCCGCCGAGAGGAUGAGCAAGUUCCUGAGGCACUUCACGGUCGUUGGGGACGACUACCACACCUGGAACAUCAACUACAAGAAGUGGGAAAAUGAGGAGGAGGAGGAGGAGGAGGAGGACCAGCCGCCAACACCAGCCUCUGGCGAGGAAGGCAGAGCCGCUGACCCCACUGCCGGCCCUGACUCUGAGCCCAAGCGAACCCGAGACUUCAGGACCAUGUUGCGGAAGCUCUUCAGCUCUCACCGGUUUCAGGUGGUCAUCAUUUGCCUGGUCAUUCUGGAUGCCCUCCUGGUGCUCGCCGAACUGAUCCUGGACCUGAAUAUCAUCCAGCCUGACAAGAAUAACUAUGCCAUCAAGGUGUUGCACUUCAUGAGCAUUGCCAUCCUGACCCUCUUUAUGGUGGAGAUUUUCUUCAAGAUCUUCGUCUUCCGCCUGGAGUUCUUCCACCACAAGUUUGAGAUCCUCGAUGCCAUCGUGGUGGUGGUUUCCUUCGUCUUCGACAUCGUCCUCCUCUUCCGGGAGCAUGAGUUUGAGGCUCUGGGCCUGCUGAUUCUGCUCCGACUGUGGCGGGUGGCCCGCAUCAUCAACGGGAUAAUUAUCUCAGUGAAGACACGUUCAGAGCGGCAGCUCUUAAGGUUAAAGCAGAUGAAUAUACAACUCGCUGCCAAGAUCCAGCACCUGGAGUUCAGCUGCUCUGAGAAGGAGCAAGAGAUCGAGAGGCUUACCAAGCUGUUGAGACAGCAUGGACUCCUUGGUGAGUGAACUAGGCGCUCUCCAACUCCACCUCGAAGAGAACCGGCCUGGGCUGGGCCGGGCCCGAAGGACGGCAGCCUUUCCCGGGUCAGUUGGGGGAGGUUUGGUUCUGUGCUUCUGACCCCUUCUAAGCCAGCUUUGGUUCCGUGUGAAGUCUGUAUUUCUUGGUCCUGGGUGUGGCCUACAGUGAGUGUCCCACAGGCCCAACCCUCACCAUACAAUCAGUUUAUCCUAUAGCCCAGUGCUCCCACCCAGCCCCCCUACCUUCCUGUACAAUAAAUGUUUCCUGGACUGAU